CACCGUUCCAUGUGUCUUUGACCAGCUGGCUUCACCACGAAGCCUCAGAGCCAGGCUGGGGAGCCGGGGGGAAAGGCGGAGUUCGUGGCUGAGGUGGACAAGCCCAACGUCAAGGUGAAAUGGCAGAAGGGUGGCAAGGACCUCCCGGCCGGCCCCAAGUACACCAUCAAGUCAGAGGGCAAGAAGCACACCCUGGUCAUUAAUGACCUGAACAAGCAGGAUGACUCGGUCUACAUGGCCGUUGUGGGGACCACCAAGGAGAAGUUCGAACUCCAAGUGAAGGAACCUGUGAAGGCCGAGCCUCAGCCCGAACCAGCUCAAGUUGCUGCUGCGCCUCCGACUGAACUGCCCGAAGAUGAUGCGGCAGGUCAGGCCCAGCAGCAACAACUCACCGGCAUCUUCACCAUGAAGCCACCAGAUACGCUGUGCGUGCAAAUGGGGGCUGCGCUCACUCUGAUCGCCAAGGUGGAUGCAUCUGCCCUGGUGAAGAAGCCAAGCAUCAAGUGGAUCAAGGGCAAGUGGCUGGAUCUGAAGAGCAAGGCUGGCAGUGUGUACCAGUUCAAGGAGGAGUUCGACAGCAAGACCAAGGUGUACACCUAUGAGAUGAAGAUCGUCAAGGCAGACAAGACCACUGCAGGUGGCUACAGGUGUGAGGUCACCUCCAAGGAUCAGUUUGACAGCGCAGCCUUCAACAUCGACGUGGAAGCUACGGAGGUGACAUCAGACAAUCUGCUGACAUCAUUCAAGAGAACGGGAGAGGCCGGAGAGGAUGCGGGGGAACUGGACUUCAGUGGACUACUCAAGAAAAGGGAAGUGAAGGAGGUUGCCCCAGCAACAGAGGAGGUUGACGUGUGGGAGAUUUUGAAGAACGCCAAGCCGUGUGACUUUGAGAAGAUUGCGUUCCAGUACGGCAUCACGGACCUGCGGGGAAUGCUCAAACGGCUGAAGAAGAAGAAACGUGUGGAGAAGAAGAGCGAGUCGUUUACGAAGAAGCUGGAGGAAUCUUACCAGGUGGACAAGGGAGGGAAGAUCCGGAUGAUCAUUGAGUUGGGAAACCCCAACAUGGAUGUGAAGUGGCUGAAGAACGGCAAGGAAGUCCGUCCGAGUGGCAGAUACACCUUUGAGAUGAUCGGCCUGAAGAGGGUUCUGACCAUCAAGAACUGCACGUUGGCUGAUGAUGCAGAAUACGAGUGUAUAAUUGGCGAGGACAAAUGUACCGCAGACCUGUUUGUACGAGAGCCUCCUGUUGUGAUUAACGUGCCUCUGGACGACCAACACGUUUUCGUUGAGGAUCGGGUGGAGUUCGACUGCGAGGUGUCGGAGGAGGGAGCUGUUGUCGUCUGGUCAAAGAACGGAGUUGAUCUGACCCGCGACGAAGCUUUGAGAUUUCGUAUUAAGAAGGACGGGAAGAAGCAUUUCCUAAUCAUCAACGAGGUCAUUAAAGGUGACGCGGGGCGCUACAAGAUCAAGACCAACGGCGGGGAAUCUGAGGCCGACCUGAUUGUGGAAGACAAGAUUCUGGAGGUGUUGCAGAGUUUUGCUGACCUCACGCUGAAGGCCCAGGAACAAGCGGUGUUUAAGUGUGAGGUUUCCGAUGCUAAGGUCACAGGCAAGUGGCUGAAGAACGGCAUAGAGGUGAUUCCCAGCAAACGCAUCCACAUCACCCACAAGGGCAGGAUUCAUAAACUGGUCAUCGACGACAUCACUCCAGAAGAUGAGGCUGACUACACCUUCAUCCCUAAUGGAUACGCCCUCUCCAUAUCGGCCAAGCUCAACUUCCUGGAGAUUAAAAUUGACUAUGUUCCCCGACAAGAACCUCCUAAGAUCCACCUGGACUGCACGGGCACAGUGGUGUCGCAGAACACUAUUGUUGUGGUCGCUGGGAACAAGUUGCGUUUGGAUGUGGACAUCAGUGGUGAACCCCCUCCAGAGGUUACCUGGUUCAAGGCCGACCAGGUGUUCAACGAGACAGAAGGGCGCUGCCGCAUCGAGACCAAGGAUAGCCACAGCAGCUUCAUGGUGGAGGGAGCGUUGCGGGAGGAUGAGGCCAAGUACAACAUCGUGGUGAAGAACCCGUCUGGGGAGGACAAGGCUGUCAUCCUCGUCAAAGUUGUCGAUGUUCCUGAUGCUCCUGAGAACGUCAAGAUCACCGGCAUCGGUGACGACUGGUGCACAGCAGCCUGGGACGUCCCCAAGUUCGAUGGCGGGCAGCCUCUGACAGGCUACCUGCUGGAACGUAAGAAGAAGACCAGCAUGAGGUGGAUGAAGCUGAACUUCGAGCCGUUGCAGGCCACGCAGUUCACGGCCACCAGGAUGAUCGAGGGCUGCCAGUACGAGAUGCGUGUGUUUGCCCUGAAUGGUAUCGGGCUGAGCCCCCCCAGCAUCUCCUCACGCACCUUCAUGCCCAUCGGUACCACCAGCGAGCCGACACACUUGAUCGUUGACGAUGUCACGGACACCACCACCACGCUGAAGUGGAGGAUGCCGGAGAAAAUCGGACCCGGGGGACUGGAUGGUUACCUGAUUGAAUAUGCAAAGGAAGGCUCGGACGAGUGGACUGUAGCCAACAGUAAACUAGUGGAGCGUCUGGGAUACACGGUCAAGGACCUCCCCACCGGAGAGAAGAUUAACUUCCGUGUGCGGGCUGUGAACAUCGCUGGGAAGAGUCCGCCUGCCAUUCUGGGCCAGUCCGUCACUAUCCGUGAGAUCGUCCAACACCCAAAAAUCUGGCUGCCACGGAAACUGAGGCAAACAUACAUCAAGAGAGUUGGUCAGCAAAUAAAUAUCAUGAUCCCGUUCCAGGGUAAGCCGCGACCUCAGGUCAUUUGGAAGAAGGAAGGACAACCGCUGGACACCAGCCAGGCCAGUGUCCGCAACAGCGAUGUGGACACCAUCUUCUUUGUGCGCCGCGCUGAGCGUAGCCACUCUGGGACGUACGAGCUCAGCGUCCAGAUUGAAAACCUGAUUGACACGGUCUCGGUCAAAAUCCGGGUUGUUGAGAAGCCUCAACCCCCUGAGACCCUGAAGAUCACAGACGUGUGGGGAUUCAACGCCGGGAUUGAGUGGACUCCACCGAAAGAUGACGGCAACUCUGAAAUCAUUGGCUACACCAUUCAGAAAGCCGACAAGAAAACUAUGGAAUGGUUCACAGUUUACGAGCACAACCGUAAGCCCAGUUGCACCAUCUCUGACCUCAUCAUGGGCAAUGAGUACUACUUCCGUGUCUUCAGUGAGAACAUAUGUGGCCUCAGCGACAAUUCAAAGGUGUCCAAGAACACAGCCUUCAUCCAGAAAGAAAGCAAGGACUAUGUUAGGCCACCGUACAAAGAGCAUGACUUUAGCCAUGCGCCCAAAUUUACCCAGCCGCUGUUAAAUCGUUCUGUGGUCGCUGGAUACUCGACAAAGCUGAGUUGUUCUGUUCGAGGCUACCCUAAGCCGAAGAUCGUCUGGAUGAAGAACAAGAUGGACAUCGGAGAGGACCCCAAGUUCCUGAUGAGACACAACGAGGGCGUUUUGACCUUGCAGAUACGCAAGCCCAGCAGCUUUGACGGUGGGAAUUACACUUGCAAAGCCAUCAACGAGCUGGGCGAGGAUGAGGUGGAAUGCAGGCUGGAAGUGAGAGUUCCUCAGUAGAUGCUUCCUGCACCAUGCAGCAGCAGUAUGGCAGCUUCAGUGCAGUUUCUCGAUGCAUGGCAGCGGUGUGUUCGUGGCAGCGAAGGGUGACAAGAGUGACGCCAAUUUUACCCAGAGAUGGACACGGCAAUUCUCCACUGUGUACCUCCUCGGUUCAUCUCGCCCAUAUUUAUUUUUAGGGAAAAUAAAAUGGUUACACAAUGA